AUGGCCGCUGAACAGAGAAAGCUGCUCGAGCAGCUUAUGGGGGCCUCCUCGACGUCGCGCGCCGCUCAGCUCUCCCUCACAGAUCCCAAAGUCUGUCGCUCCUACCUGGCAGGCACCUGUCCGCACGACCUUUUCACGAACACAAAGCAAGACAUUGGUCAGUGCCCAAAGGUGCACAGCGAAGGAUUAAAGACAGAAUACGAGGCUUUAUCGGAUAGAGAAAAGCAGAAAUAUGGAUUCGAGUACGAUUAUAUGCGCGAUCUGCAAAAGUAUAUCGACGAUUGUAACCGACGAAUCGAUGCUGCGCAGAGACGAUUGGAGAAGACACCCGAUGAAAUUCGUCAAACUAACGUUCUGCUCAAAAGCAUCUCCGAUCUCACAGCCUCCAUUAACAACGGCCUCCUCGAAGUCGAAAUCCUCGGUUCCAUGGGCGAAGUCUCCCGUGCCCAAGACGAGCUCUUCCGCGUUCGCCAAGCCUCUCAAUCCAAAGCUGACCGUGAGAAAGAGCUCAAAGCGCUCUCCGACACCUCGGGUCCCUCUGGACAUCAGAAACUUCAGGUCUGCGACGUCUGCGGUGCGUACCUCAGCAGACUUGAUAACGACCGUCGCCUGGCGGAUCACUUUUACGGCAAGAUGCAUCUAGGAUAUGCGCAGAUGCGAAAGACUUACGAUGCGUUCCCCAAGGAAAUGAAGGGUCGCUCCAGGGCACCGAUGGACGAUGAUGGCCCUGGCAUGGGCGGACCCAGAGGACCGCGCGGCUCAGGAGGAUACAGGAGCGGUCGCGGUGGAAGGGGUUACAGAGGCGGUGGAUGGUAG